UUUAGUCGAGCCCGUCCACCUCGGUCGUCUUGUAUACAGUAAGUAAGUAGCUCAUUGUCAAUGCUCCGCCUCCGCGCAGCACGGCUCGCCCCGCCCGCCGCCCUCCGGAUGACGUCCUGCCCCGCUCCGCAGCCACCGCUCUUGGCCCGCCGUCAUCGCCCCGCUCCCAACCAGCCUCGCCUCUCCUGAGCUAUGGCCUCGGCAGCAUACAUAUAUAAAGUGUACGACCCCUCACUCAUUCAACUCUUGUUACGACUUUACAACUGCACGCUUACUGCAUUACACACUCUCCUCAAUACCCUCUGAGAGCUGAUUUUCCUGACGUGACACCAUGGGUCUCCUGAGUCUUCUUUGUGGUCACCGUAGGAACCGCCCGCCACAAGACGGCUACUACGGCGGUGGAGGAUACGGUGGGGGAGGAGGGUAUGGCGGGCCAGGAGGCGGCGGAGGCUACGGCGGGCCAGGCGGCGGCGGCGGGUUUGGCGGGCAGAGCCAUGGCGGCGGCGGUGGAUUUGGCGGACCACAGGGAGGCGGCAUGGGCGGCGUAAGUCUUCCUGCGUUCGGUCGUCCGGCGGACUUGGGGGACACGGUCACCACAGGGGCGGCAUGGGUGGAGGACGGCGAGGAGGCCCGCAUGGUAGGGGCGGUGGACGCGGCGGCGGGCCGGGUGCGAUCGUUGGCCAGCCAAGAGCCGCUCGUGAACAUUUAA